AGUUCGCACGGAACUAGUUUGUAAGCGCGAUGCUUUUCUUAAUUUUAGAAAUAUUUAUUAUAUUAUAAUAUUUUAAACCUGUGUAUAUAGUGCAUAAAAGAAUGUAUUCUGAUUAACACAACUAAUCAACUGGAAAUUACUGUGCCCACUUUUGAAUUGCCUCCUACAACAUGCGACCCAAGGAUCACCCUGAUCUGCACUUCGACGUGAUUCCCAAGCUGUACGAUGCCCAUUCCAAGGUGAUUCUCACGACCUUGUGCAAUGUGGAUGAGCAGCUCAAGCUGCUGCCCCGCCGCUUCUGUCGGAUGUACACCACUCGGCCACUGGCCAACCAGCUGCUUCAGUAUCUGCAAGCCCGUAAAGCGAACGUUGUGGAGCAGGACUUCCAUGUGGUGGAAGAGGGUCAGCCCUUUGCCCUGCUGUUUAAGGACGGGAAACGUCUGGAGGGCAUGCUAUGCUCUGGAAGUCAUCUGGGGCACAGCCUCAUCUUGCUUAUCCGGCGGAUGCAGGAUAACAGGCUGCUGAACUGCUACUCGGCUAUGAGACUCGAUAAUCUUGGUCGUCUACUGUGCAACUCCGUCUUCAACUCUUGGAUCAUCCAGGGAAUCGAGCAGCUGUAUCUGAAUCUCUCCUCCGUAAAUUUGCCGUUUGAGCACAUAGAUUUUGAUGAAAUGGCUCAUUACAUAGAGGAGCACAGAGCAAGGAAUGGCCAGAGCGUGGUGCAUCUGAAGGUGCCAAAAUUUGGCUACGAGGAACUGUUCUGGAGACUGGCACACACGACUCUCCGCGGGCAUAUUCAUCUAGGCGAACACAUGGCAAAGAACUACGAGUGCCUUAGCACCGAUCUGGAGAGUUUUCGCGACGAAAGUUAUGUACCAAAGAUUUUCGUCAGCGGUUGCCCGACGGACUUUAAUCCCUAUCAAAAGGUGGUUUCCCUGGAUAUCAAAGAACUGAAGUGGACGCCGACUCCGACCAGGAUGCAUCUUCGUCAGCUAUGCAGCCUCCUGCGACCUCAACAUAUCCAGGGGAUUGUCCAGUUUCAUACGGUUGGCAUUGUGCCGCCCAUUCCGUCAUUCCUAAAGGUCUUCAAGGCAAACCAUUCACCAAAGAGCGAUGCAGUUUUACCAAGGAUUACGGGUGAACUCCAAGCAGGACAGGCGAAGCAAGGACUCUAUCGCGAUUUUCGGUCGAGAAGGGCCUUUGAAUUUGUGAACGAUGGCGACGAAAGCAGUAGUUCGGGUUAGAUUAAAGUAUAUCCCUAUUUGAAUAAGUAAUCAUGUUUAUGUUCUCCCUAUUUGAAUAAAUAGUCAUGCUCAUUUCUA